GUUCAAGCUACACCUACAACAUUUGUCCCAGGGGCUAACCCAUUGCCCAUUUCCUGAAGGUCCCAAGUACUGGUACACUUCUCUAUGACCGUAAUACCAAUUCUCCCCAAGCCGCAUGGCCCACCUUUGAACCUCCCGACAUUCGUUCCUCAAUGCUUGGUGUUGCAAAUGAUCAUUAAGCUGCGGGGUUUGUCUCUUUUUUGCACGCUGUUGUAUUUUACACUGCUUACUCGUAGGCUCUCUGUUCUGUUCUUCUGUGAGCAUGCGCGCCUGCCGCUCGGCCGCUCUAUGUCAAUCUUCCAUAUAUGGAUAGCUCUACUCUUAGUCUUGAUGUCCUGGUCCGCACAUGUUACCUGAGGCUAUCAAAAUGUUUACCAGCACAAGGUCGUCCUGUUGUC